UCUUCUCCCAUGCUUUCACAAACACCUCCUCCCACCAUUCCAGGUUCUUUCUCUUCCACUGCUCUCCUUUUUAGGUAACUUUCGGUUCAAGAAGCCAUGUCGAAGACCGUGGAGGAGAUUCGUAAGGCUCAGAGGGCCGAGGGCCCUGCAACGGUGCUCGCCAUUGGCACCGCCACCCCUGCUAAUGUCGUCUACCAGGCCGAUUACCCUGAUUACUAUUUCCGGAUCACUAAAAGCGAGCAUCUCACCGAUCUUAAGGAGAAAUUUAAGAGAAUGUGUGACAAGUCAAUGAUCCGCAAGCGCUACAUGCACGUAACAGAGGAGAUCCUUAGAGAAAAUCCCAACAUGUGUGCCUACAUGGCUCCAUCACUGGAUGCCCGACAGGAUUUGGUGGUCGUCGAGGUCCCCAAGCUCGGCAAGGAGGCGGCCGUCAAGGCCAUCAAGGAAUGGGGCCAACCCAAAUCUCGGAUCACCCACCUCAUCUUCUGCACCACCAGUGGCGUCGACAUGCCUGGGGCCGACUAUCAGCUCAUCAAGCUGCUCGGCCUUCGCCCUUUUGUCAAUCGCUUCAUGAUGUACCAGCAAGGCUGCUUUGCCGGUGGCACCGUGCUCCGCCUUGCCAAGGAUAUUGCUGAAAACAACCGUGGUGCCCGUGUUCUUGUCGUCUGCUCCGAGAUCACUGCAGUCACCUUCCGGGGCCCUUCUGAGUCCCACCUUGACAGCCUCGUUGGUCAGGCACUCUUCGGCGAUGGUGCUGCAGCAUUGAUCGUCGGUGCCGACCCCGACGUAGCCAUCGAGAGGCCGCUUUUCCAGCUCAUCUCGGCUAGCCAGACAAUCCUCCCUGAUUCUGAAGGCGCCAUCGAUGGCCACUUGAGAGAGGUGGGGCUUACCUUCCACCUACUCAAGGAUGUGCCCGGGCUGAUAUCCAAGAACAUAGAGAAGAGUUUGGUUGAGGCACUGGGACCAAUUGGGAUUAAUGAUUGGAACUCGGUGUUCUGGGUGGCGCACCCGGGUGGACCAGCAAUACUCGACCAGGUGGAGGAGAAGGUGGGGCUCAAGAAGGAGAAGAUGAGGGCCACAAGGGAGGUGCUAAAGGAGUAUGGGAACAUGUCAAGUGCUUGUGUGCUGUUUAUACUCGACGAGAUGAGGAAGAAGUCAGGGGAGGAAGGAUUGGCGACGACCGGAGAAGGUUUGGAGUGGGGAGUGCUGUUUGGAUUUGGACCAGGACUGACGGUGGAGACUGUGGUGCUGCAUAGUAUGCCCAUUGCUUCCCGCUGAGCUCUAUAAACUCUUCCCGUUUAUCUCUAGAUGAUUCUUACUGUGAUGCUCUGAUGGGGCUGUGCUGCACUUUUGUGUUUUUCUCUUUUUCUUAAAGAAAAAAAAGUUGGUAUUUUAAUGUAUGUUUUGGUGAUUAAGUGACAGAGAGAGUGUGAAGCUCUAGUUGCUGUAUGAAGUAUGAAAUUUAAUAAGAUUUGUUAAGCCCAAUUGGUGUCUUA